AUGCCUUUCUCCACUCAUGCCGAGUAUGACCUCACUAAGGAUCCUCAGGCUGUCCCUCAAUUUCUCCUCGAUGCCUUGGUUUUGACGAUUGAUGUCGAAUUUCUUGAGCUAAGCUCAAAGGGCGUCGCCGCCACGGCGAUGAACAACGAAGAAAACCAUGUGGUUCUCAAGUUCUCGCUCCUCGAUGAAUAUCAAGGCCUCAUAACGGUACGCCUGGAUAUGAGAAUCGACGACAGUUGCAAGAGUACUGAGGCGGACAAUCUUGGUAAACUUAUCAUUUAUACUCUUGAUCUGGAAAGAGAAUAUACAUCUUCGGCCCGUACUUGCGCCAUUACUCUGACUGAGGUCUUGAAAUUCGAGGAAAUCAUCCUCAAUAUCACUGAAUCAGGUUUACAGCAUUUCCAAUUUGCUCACAUCGAUGACAGUAUCCAAGUCCUACAUUUGCUGAAAGCAAAAGACCACAUAGCUAUCAGUUACAUAAACCGAGCCUUGGGACAACGUUAUACGCGCGAGGGAAUCUUCGAGUGCCCAAUCGACAAGGGACGCUUCCGCACCUAUGAGCGCCAGGAAACGAACGACAUGCCAUACGCUACAAGGGCAUAUAAUUACGUACUGCGUAUGGAUGCUUUCAUGUCUUCAUGA